GCUGCUUUCGCAUAUUGAUCAUAAACGUUCGAGCAGUUGGCAAUUAAACGUCGCGAGAAACAGUCGUUAACUAGCCAAACAACAUGGGUGGCUUUCGUUUUCUAUUCGUGUUACUCUUGGCCGUCACACCCGCCGCUUACGGUGCUAAUAUUCUGGGUUUGUUUAGCAGUCACAGUCAAUCGCAUUUAAUACUGCACAUGUCCAUGAUGAAGGCACUUGCCGAGCAGGGACACAACAUCACCGUCGUGUCGAUGAUGAAACCCAAAGUGAUGCACAAAUCGAUCCAUUUGAUUGUGGUGCCACCUUCGGAUGAAAAAGAGGCCAUGAUAGAGAAUCAAUUGAAUGAGAUGGCUAACCAAAAGAACUCCAUAUACGACACCAUGAUCCGUCUGCUGAACGGCAUGAGUGCAAUGGUUGAGUCACAGGUUGAUUUAAUUACGGAUCCCCGUUUCCAACGCAUUUACGAAACCAAAUUCGAUUUGAUGUUCAUGGGAUUCUUUAUGAACGACUUCCAACUGGGCGUGGCCCAUAAACUGCAGGUGCCGGUAAUUGUUGCCUGGAUGUCGGCGCCCAUGUUUGUCAUCGAUGAUUAUGUCGGCAAUCCCAGUGAGAUUUCAUAUGUGCCCAUCUUAGGCACCGUUAUGAAACGUGGCGAGAAGGUAGCAUUCGGUAAACGUCUGGAGAAUUUUGUGAAGAAUACAUUUUUCCGUGUUAUCGCCGUUAUCUUCAAUUAUCGCUCUGAACGUUAUUAUAAGCAGCUCUUUGGCAAUGAACUCAACUUGCCGUCCAUUGAACAAUUAAGACGCAACAUCUCGAUGGUCUUCACCAACUGUCAUCUGAUCAGCGAAGGACCAAUCCGUCCACUUGUGCCAGCACAUGCAGAAAUUGGCGGCAUCCAGAUUAAGGAGAAGCCUGAUCCCUUGCCCGAGGAUAUUGCUCAGUUUUUGGAUGGCGCUGAGCAUGGCGGUGUUUUACUCUCUCUUGGCUCGAACAUCAAGAGUUCGGCAGUGAAACCCGAGCUAGUGCAAUCCAUGUUCAAGGUGCUUUCCUCGUUGAAGCAACGUGUGGUCUGGAAGUGGGAGGAUUUGGACAACACACCGGGCAAAUCUGCAAAUAUCCUCUACAAGAAGUGGCUGCCACAGGACGAUAUUCUCGCCCAUCCCAAGAUAAAGCUGUUUAUCACCCACGCCGGCAAAGGAGGCAUCACUGAGGCGCAAUACCAUGGCGUGCCAAUGGUGGCUCUGCCCAUCUUUGGGGAUCAGCCAGCCAAUGCGGAUAACAUGCAAAAGUCUGGCUAUGGCAUUGCCCAAGAUUUGCUGCAGCUCACCGAGGAGAACUUCGGCGCAAGCAUCAAUGAAGUGCUUGGCAAUGAGAAGUACAAAAAGGCAAUUGGAGGAUUCUCACAAUUGUAUCGGGACAGACCACUCAGUGCCCGCCAGACGGUGCUCUACUGGACCAAUUAUGUGCUGAGGCAUCACGGUGCUCCCCACUUGCAGAGUCCAUCGGUGCACUUGAAUUGGGUGGAAUACUUAAAUAUAGAUAUCUAUAUUCUGGUGGCGACAGUAUUAACUCUUGUUCUUCUUCUCAAUUUCGUCAUUGUUCGCUUUAUCGUCCGCAAGCUAGCUGGCAAAUCGAAGAAAUCGAGCAAGAAGGUGAAGAAACAAUAGAUAAGCUUAUCUAUAAAAAAGAAAUUAAGUUGUAAGCCAACUCGUAAUGUUAUUUAAUGCCAUAUUUAGAUAAGUUCAUUGUUGUUCAUUUUAAACUUGUUACCAAAAAUUUAAAAAAAAAAAACAA